AUGCUGUGCAUGAAAUUGCAUACUUGGAUGGGUGGUCUUGACGAAUUGAAUGGGUAUCAGCACAUGUUUGCUUUACCGUAUGUCAGUUUAUGCGAAUCUGACUGGUGCAGGUUGGACUGUAGCCAAAUGAUUAAGCAGUUUCGGUCAACGAUCGCCCACGGACCACCUCGUAUCUUGGAGAACUGCUCAAUGAUGAGUGAUCAGAUGGUCCCUUCUGUACGACUAGAGCCCUGCUGGGCAGCUCUGGGAAAGUAA